AUGGGUAAGGUGGGGCGGACCAGGGGUAUGGGGGAAACCAACCGGGCCAUUGCCAUGGGGUCUGUUGCGAUGAGAAUCUGCCGUUACCACGUCCGCGUCCUCUGCCGCCUCGUUGUCCGCCGCGAGACCAACGUCCUCCGCCACGCUGAUUACCCCGGUGUUGACCACAACCAUUGUAGCCUGAGAGGAAGCCUUGGAUCCAUCUUAAGAAGCGAUGUCUUAGCAAAAGAAUUGGAUUGGUUGAAAAGGGUAAAUAUUGUAAAGGGUAUAGCUGAUGGUUUGGCUUAUAUGCAUCAUGACUGCUCACUCCCUAUAAUUCAUAGAGACGUAUCCAUAGCCAACAUUCUUCUUGACUCUGAUUACGAAGCACAUAUUUCUGAUUUUGGCACAUCCAAGCUAUUAAAGCUCGAUUCAUCCAACUGGACCGCAAUUGCAGGCACAUAUGGUUAUAUUGCGCCAGAGCUUGCUUAUACGAUGGUGGGAAAUGAGAAAUGUGAUGUGUAUAGCUUUGGAGUUGUUGUACUAGAAGUUAUAAUGGGAAAGCAUCCAGGAGAUCUCGUAACAUCUUUACCAACAUUAUCUGAUGCCAGAAAAUGUGGAAGAUAGUCGGAUACCUCCUCCCUCAUCCCAAGUUGAGAAACAAGUUAGGUUGGUUCUGAGUCUCGCAAGAGUAUGUUUGAACUCCAAUCCACUUGAAAGACCAACAAUGCAACAAGUUUCAAAUCGAUUAAUGAAGGAUCUGCUUUGAAUUGGCAUCUGUUGCCUGAUCAAUAUAGUGUACUUUCAGUGUUCUUUACUUUUCUUAAGUUCCCUAUAUGCACCCUGCCAAUAUGUAUUCAUUUGAAUGGCUUUUUGUUAAGAAACUUCACAUAUGUUUGUGGUAGUAAAGAAAUAAGUCAAUGAAGAUUACUACACUUCUAAAAACACAACACUGAUAACCAAGGACAACGCCAUAUAUACAUCCCCCAAACAAGAAAUUUUGUAAAAUUUU